CCUGGGUGCCUGCACCAUAGAGGAUGGAGGAGGGGACAACCUGGAAGCGGAACCCAUGCAGCUGGGCCAUUAUCGCCUGGGCGACAAGGAGCGACAGCGCCGCAGGGCCAACAACUGUUGUCUUUAUGGUGGGCAGACUGGCCAUUACAUUGCCGCGAGGCGGGAGGCGAGGAGGUUCGCGAGGCGGAGGAAGCAUCCUGGCGAGCUGCUCUUCCGUGUCUUCCCGUCCCAGAACUCAACUUCACGCCAUCCUCACACAUAAAGACCGUUCCUGUGGUCUCCUGAAGCUGAAGCGGCGUUUCUGGAGCUCAAGAGACGGUUCGCCUCUGCUCCCAUCCUCAUCCAGCCAGACAGGACACGACAGUUUGUGGUUGAAGUGGAUGCCUCAGUGGGAAUUCGUUGUUUGGGCCGACUACAAGAACCUGGAAUACAUCCGUGCCGCCAAACGACUGAACUCACGCCAGGACAGGUGGGCUUUGUUUUUUGGACGUUUUAAUUAUGUGUUGACUUUCAGACCCGGUUCAAGAAUCAAGCUGGACGCUCUUUCCCGUUUGUUCGCGAAGGGGGAGAAGCCCGGUACCCCUCCUGACUCAAUCAUAACCAGCCCCUGCAUCGUUGGUGCCACUAUUUCGGAUAUUGAGCGUGAGGUUAAGGAGGCACUAAGGAACCAGUAGGUCCAGGUAAUGGUCCCGUGGACCGCCUGUUGAUGAUAGUGUCCUCCAGACUAACCUGCCAUCCCGGCUUGGCUCGUACCCUGAGUUUCCUCCGUAGACGGUUUUGGUGGCCGACUAUGGAGGCUGACACAAAGUCGUUUGUUUCUGCCUGUCACAUCUGUUCACAGAAUAAGAGUUUCAACCAGCCCACUUCUGGUCUCCUCCGCCCUCUGCUCAUUUCUCGCCACCCCUGGUCGUACCUGGCUUUGGACUUGGCAUGACAGUUAUUCUGACAGUGGUGGAUCGUUUUAGUUUUUUGUCUCUGCCCAGUUUGCCCUCAGCUAAGGAGACGGCUGAUCUUUUGGUAAAGGAAGUGUUCCGGGUUCAUGGUUUGCCCACUGAUAUUGUCUCCGACUGGGGUUCCCAGUUUACAUCUGCAGUGUGGAGGGCCUUCUGCCUGGCCAUAGGGGCCACUGUCAGUCUGUCUUCUGGUUAUCAUCCCCAGUCUAUCGGUCAAGCAGAACGGACCAAUCAGAAGAUGGAGACUGCCCUCCGUUGCUUGGUCUCCACUAACCCUACCACCUGGUCCUCACAACUCCCCUGGGUGGAGUAUGCUCACAAUACCCUGCCUACCAGCAGGCACAGGUUUGUCCCCUUUCCAGUGUCUCUAUGGUUACCAACCCCCUCUGUUCCCUCUCAUGAGAGGGAUCUGGCAGUUCCCUCCGUCCAAGCCCAUAUCAGACGAUGUCACCGGACUUGGCACCGCGCCCGGGCUGCGAUGCUCAGGUCCGCCACCGCACGCCUGCCCCACAGCACACCGUAGGAGACAAGGUAUGGCUUUCUACCAAGGACCUGCCCCUCAAGACCGACUCCAGGAAUUUGUCAAGUUCCCUGCCUGCCCGCCACCCUCUCUAACCCUGCUUACCAUCCACCCAAUGUUCCCUGUA